AUGAGUGAUCUCAAAAUCAAUAUCAAAGACAAAGACAUGGAUCACUUGUGGAACAACUGUUCUCUCACUCAUAUAUACGAGGCGUCGGUAUUCCUGAAGACAACGCUGAAUGACGUGCGAUACCAAUGGGCGCUCCAGUUUGUGGCGGACAUCGAGUCAGAGCCGCCCUCACCCCUCAGCGCCUACAUCUGUGUUCACAUAAUUGUAGGACAACUGGAAUUCCAUCGCAACUACUUAUCGGCCGUUCAUAUAGUGUUUAUGUAUUACUGGGAUGUGGUCCGCAAAGACAAUAUAAUAAACAAAGUAUUACUCGAUUUGAGUAAUAGUUUCCAAAUAGAGAACACAUUUAUCAGAGAAACCAUUAUUAGAGCCGAAAUGUGUUUAAAGCGAAUCGAGAAAGAGAUGACAACUAUAGCCACGACUAUCAACACCGCGAAUGUCAUAAGCAAUACAAUUGGAGACAAGAGUUCCCAAGUUGUGGCGGUCGAAGACAAUCACCCAUUAAUAUCAAUACCAAUGAAGUCGUCAAAGAUGCAUCACUUGAACUAA